ACUCUCUCUCUCCUCUCUCUUUCUUUGUGGCUGUGGCUUUGCCCUCCAAGCGAAGCAAAGAUCGAUCCUCUAUUGAGUACUCGCAGCAGCAUCGCCACUCAAAUCUUGAACAAACCAAGAAUCCCAUUGUAACGAGACGCCAGAUCACUAACUGCCGGAGGUACAUAUGCUUUGUAGAUAAUUUUCAAUCUUCAAUGAGUUUUGAUUCAUUUUCACUCCAUUCAGUUCGUUGACCCCCGCGAAACGUUGCGUGUGAAUGGUAGUCAUCUGGUUAUUGGUGUUCUUUUUGUGGCUUCAAAUGUUUUGUCAGGGGUUUUCUGGAGCGAAGUGAAAAAUUUGGGGAAGCAAGUGAGAGGGUGAUCCGUUUUUCGUCCCCAAUUUUGUGAUUUGUGCAGAAGGAGAUGUCUAGUUUUAUGGGUGUUCUUGUUUCUGAUCAAUGGCUGCAAAGCCAGUUCACGCAAGUUGAACUUCGCAGCCUGAAGUCCAAGUUUAUUUCACUGAGGAAUCAGAAUGGUAAAGUUACAAUGGGGGAUUUGCCACCUUUAAUGGUAAACUUGAAAGCUUUCAGUCAGAUAUUUAAGGUGGAGGAGAUUAGGGCAAUAUUGGGAGAAUCAGGUUAUGCUAUGGAUGAUGAGAUUGAUUUUGAAGGCUUCCUCAAGUCAUACUUGAAUUUGCAAUCACGAGCUACAGCAAAACUGGGUGGUCAAAAGAAUUCCUCGUCAUUCCUUAAGGCUACUACAACCACUCUUCUUCAUACAAUAAGUGAAUCAGAGAAAUCAUCUUACGUUGCUCACAUCAACAGCUAUCUGAGGGAUGAUCCAUUUUUGAAGCAAUUUCUUCCUAUAGACCCCUCUUCAAAUGCUUUAUUUGAUCUUGCAAAAGAUGGAGUUCUUCUAUGCAAGCUUAUCAAUGUUGCUGUACCGGGCACAAUAGAUGAACGGGCUAUCAACACAAAACGGGUACUCAACCCCUGGGAAAGGAAUGAAAAUCAUACCCUUUGUCUCAACUCUGCUAAGGCUAUUGGUUGUACAGUAGUUAACAUUGGUACCCAGGACCUGGUUGAAGGACGACCUCAUCUGGUGCUUGGCUUGAUUAGUCAAAUUAUAAAGAUCCAACUCUUGGCAGAUCUCAACCUUAGGAAGACACCACAGCUUGUGGAACUGGUGGACGACAAUAAUGAUGUUGAGGAGCUUAUGGGUUUAGCCCCUGAAAAGGUCUUGUUGAAGUGGAUGAAUUUUCAUCUGAAGAAAGCUGGUUAUAAGAAAACAGUGACAAAUUUUUCUUCUGACUUGAAGGAUGGAGAAGCAUAUGCUUAUCUCCUUAAUGUUCUUGCACCAGAACAUUGCAGUCCGGCCACUCUAGAUGCAAAAGAACCUGCUGAAAGGGCCAAUUUGGUGCUUGACCAUGCAGAGAAAAUGGAUUGCAAAAGAUACUUAACCCCCAAGGACAUAGUUGAAGGCUCCACAAAUUUGAAUCUUGCAUUUGUUGCACAGAUAUUCCAUCAAAGGAAUGGACUCUCUACGGACAGCAAAAAGGUUUCUUUUGCGGAGAUGAUGACUGAUGAUGAGCAAAUGUCUAGAGAGGAAAGAUGCUUUCGACUAUGGAUCAAUAGUCUUGGGAUUGCUACUUAUGUUAAUAAUUUAUUUGAGGAUGUCAGAAAUGGAUGGAUACUUUUGGAAGUGCUAGAAAAAAUUUCUCCAGGAUCAGUUAUUUGGAAACAGGCAACAAAACCUCCCAUUAAAAUGCCAUUUAGGAAAGUGGAGAACUGCAACCAAGUUAUUCGAAUAGGAAAGCAGUUAAAACUUUCGCUGGUGAAUGUUGCAGGAAAUGAUAUUGUACAAGGGAAUAAGAAGCUCAUAGUUGCUUUUCUGUGGCAGUUGAUGCGGUUCAAUGUGCUUCAACUUUUGAAAAACUUGAGAUCCCACUCCCAAGGUAAGGAGAUUACUGAUGCUGAUAUCCUAAUUUGGGCAAACAAAAAAGUGAAAAGCACAGGCCGAACUUCUAAUAUAGAGAGUUUUAAGGAUAAGAGCCUUUCAAGUGGAUUAUUCUUCCUUGAACUUCUCAGUGCUGUUGAGCCUAGGGUUGUCAAUUGGAACCUUGUCACCAAGGGUGAAAGUGACGAGGAGAAGAAACUGAAUGCUACAUACAUAAUCAGUGUUGCACGAAAGCUUGGAUGUUCAAUUUUCUUGUUGCCCGAGGACAUCAUUGAGGUAAACCAGAAGAUGAUUCUCACACUGACAGCCAGCAUCAUGUACUGGAGCCUUCAGCAACCAGUGGAAGAAUCUGAUUCAUCUCCUUCCCCUGCCACUGCACCUUCAACACCUGAGGCGUCCCCGGCACCAUCCAUCACUGGUGAAGAUGAAAGCUCGCUGGUUGAACUCUCAAACUCGACUGUUGACAAUGGGGUGUCUGACCCAACAGUCUCCCUGCAGUUUGAAAAUGGGGAUAGCCCUAUUGCUUCCAAUGAUACAGUCUCCUCUCAGGUUGAAAACGGCGAAGACCCAGUUGCCUCUGAUGCUAGUAUUUCCUGGCAGGUUGAAAGUGAGGACACAUCUGUCGACUCAGACUUGAGAGUCCCCACACAGGCUGAAAAUGAGGGCACCUCUGUCCCCUCUGAUGCCGAACCUUUGCCACAGCUCGAAAGUGAGGGCACACCGAUCAAAGAAUGAGCUGCAAAUUGCAGGUUUUUCUCAACAAUGUAGUUAGCAACUGGAGAAAAUUGGGGUAUAGGAAAAUGAGAAAGAAUAGUAAUUAUACUUUCAUUUGUUAUCAGUAAGAUGAUGAUGAAUAAGCUUUCUUGCUCAAUAAUAGAACAAAGAGAAAAAAUACGCCACCUGAAAACAUAGUGCUUAUUAUCCAAGUACAUUGUAUAGCUUAUUGCAUUUUUCUUUCAGAUUUUGGCUUGUGCCCCUUCGCUAUGGUGUUUCCCUCUUUUGUAUUAGGUUAUGCUCUUAUUAGAUUUUUUUGUUUUUUUGAUUUGAUAUGAACAUUUGUGUAUUGUUCAUGAUAGCUAAAUUGAUUCCUUGAAAUAAAAUAAAAAAAAAUGCUUAUUUUCCAAGCUA